GCAGCUGCGGACUUGCGAGCCCAGGCAGGAGAGGACUCGUCCACAUCUAUUCCUUCCUUGUUCGGCCGCCCUUCCUCAGUUGGUCGUCCCCUCUUACCAUUACUUCUCCUCCUCCCUCGCCCCGUCGGCGGGCGGCCAUUGACGACUGGAUCCUUCAUUCUUGUUCUCAGGGGAAGGACGACCCAAGACAGGAGGAGGAGGAGGAGGAGGAGGAGGAGGAGGAGGAGGAGGAGGAGGAGGAGGAGGAGGACAGUGCCGCCAUGACCGGAGGAGGGGAGGAGCAGGGGAGGUCGCUGUUCGGCGUGUCUCUGACAAACAGGCCUAGGUGGCAGCAGUUCAUGAUCUGCUCCUCGGGCUUCUUCUUCGGCUACCUCGUCAAUGGCAUCUGCGAGGAGUACGUGUACAACAGGCUUCAGUUCAGCUACGGCUGGUACUUCACGUUUGUGCAGGGGUUCGUGUACCUGGCGCUGAUACGGCUGCAGGGGUUCACGGUGAAGCAGAUGGUGAACCCGUGGCGGACCUACGUGCGCCUCUCGGCGGUGCUCAUGGGCUCCAAUGGCCUCACCAAGGGAUCCCUCGCCUUCCUCAAUUACCCUGCACAGAUCAUGUUCAAGUCAACCAAGGUUCUACCGGUGAUGGUGAUGGGAGCCUUCAUCCCUGGUCUGAGGCGCAAGUACGCGUUCCAAGAGUACGUGUCGGCCGUGAUGCUCGUCGUCGGCCUCAUACUCUUCACGCUCGCGGACGCGCAGACGUCGCCCAACUUCAGCAUGGCCGGCGUGGCCAUGGUGUCCGGGGCGCUCGUCAUGGAUGCUUUCCUUGGCAACCUGCAAGAAGCAAUCUUCAAGAUGAACCCGGACACGACUCAGAUGGAGAUGCUGUUCUGCUCCACUGUCGUUGGCCUUCCGUUCCUAGCGGUGCCCAUGGUGUUAACAGGAGAGCUCGUGACGGCUUGGACUUCCUGCUCCCAGCAUCUGUACGUGUACGCGGUGCUGGUGUUGGAGGCGAUGGCCACGUUCGUCGGCCAGGUCUCCGUGCUCUCCCUCAUCGCGCUUUUCGGUGCAGCAACCACAGCCAUGGUGACGACGGCGAGGAAGGCGGUGACGCUGCUGCUGUCGUACCUGAUAUUCACCAAGCCCCUCACGGAGCAGCACGCGACGGGGCUCCUCCUCAUAACCAUGGGCAUCGUCAUCAAGCUCCUGCCGGAGAACAAGGAGAGACGCCCGCGCCGGCUGCCCAAGAAUGACGACGACGACAAGCCCCGGGAGAGCAGAGAAGCGGGGGAGGAAACAGCAUGACUGCUGCUAUAGACCCGACACCCGAGCAAAGCAGAACUGACGCCAGCUCGAUCAGCAACCCUAGAAGAAAUUCUCAGUCCUCCAAAACAGCAAUCCCAGGAGGAGGAUGGGAUAUACAUGCAGGAUAGAGCACUACAUACAGUAAUAAUAACCUUUUUCCUCGCUCCUCCCCUCGCUUUUCUCAUGUGCUGUGGUUAAUGUUAAUUGUGCACUUCGCUCUAACAUCUUAAGCUUUUUAUAAAGGCAAGGGCCAGAGGUCUGAAUUCUAAUUAGCGCAAUAUCUAAGGUCUUGUUCAGUUAUUCCUAUCCUAUGUGGAUUGUAUGAGAUUAAAAAAAAUUUAUAAAAGAUUUUGACUUAUUCA